CAACCAUUUUGAAGUAUCAUUCCCUGAUUGUUGUCGUUCGAAGUUGGGCGUUUGCUUAUUAUAUUUAUACAAAUUAUGGGUUUAGCCACAGUAAUUGAGAAUGAGGGUCAUUUCCAACACGAAAUGGCCAACGCCGGCACGAAGCUGGUUGUCGUGGACUUCACGGCGACUUGGUGUCCUCCAUGCCAGAGGAUCGCGCCUUUCUUCGAGCAACUGCCAGCGAAGUUCCCUAGGGCGGUGUUCCUAAAGGUGGACGUAGACCGUUGUGCGGAGACGGCGGCCGCGCAAGGCAUUAGCGCUAUGCCUACUUUUGUUUUUUACAGAAACAGAACAAAGAUUGACCGGCUACAGGGGGCUGACCCGGCAACUUUGGAGAGCAAAGUGAGACACUACUAUGGAUCUGAAGAUGCUGGUGAUGAGGACAAUGCCGUUGCCGGCCAUAUGGACCUCGGAACUUUCAUCACCAAGAGUGAAUGCGAAUGCCUGAACGAGGCCGACGAGCAUCCGCUGGCGCACGCGCUGACCAGCGGCGGCGGCUACCUCGCCAGCGAUUGCGAUGAGCAGCUCAUUAUCAACAUUGCGUUCAACCAGCUGGUGAAGCUGCACUCGGUGAAGAUCAAGGGCCCCGCCGACAAGGGCCCCAAGUUCGUGAAGCUGUUCAUCAACCAGCCGCGCACGCUGGACUUCGACCAGGCCUCCGGCAACAGCUCUGUGCAGGACUUGGAGCUCACUCCAAGCGAUGUGGAAGGCAACCCGGUCCCCCUCAAGUUCGUAAAGUUCCAAAGCGUCCAGAACAUUCAGCUGUUCAUCAAAGACAACCAGUCGGGCGGUGACGUCACGCAGAUCGACCAUCUGGCGUUCUACGGCACGCCCGUCGCCACCACCAACAUGGGCGAGUUCAAACGCGUCGCCGGCAAAAAGGGCGAGGGGCAUUAAUGGCUUGGGCUUACGCAGGGUGAUACUACAUGGCAGGCGUUUCUAAAUAUAGUGUUUUUUUUAAAGUCCGCUAAUUUCAAGGGUGCAUUCCUGAGCUUAAAUUAAUUAACUCUCUCAAAGAAACCGGUAUUCUAAUUACCUCCAUUUUGGAGAUAAACAAUGAUUUAUUUUUAUCUGAUAAGGCCCUUACGUGCGUGUACACUUGCCUUAGAGCCUGUUUACAUAUUGAUUAGUGUUUGGUAAGCAAGUACAUACUAUCUCGGACGAUCGAUAUUAGAAAUAUCAUUGAUGUCUUAUUUUUCAAUUGUUUUUUGGAUUUAACACAUUCAUUGCCACUAUAAGUGCUACGGGUUACGCUUGUAGCGCGUAGCCAGUUUUGCCGUAUGCCGUAUGGAGCGCGUAGUCUCUACGAACAGUGUACCCGACAGUCGGGUUCUUGGCCCUGAAUGUGUUAAAUAUAAUGUCCGUAUUACUGCCGUAUUACAAGAACGCUAUAAAUUAUUUUUUAUGAAAAAUACAAAAUAAAAUUAAAAUUAACUAUGCCAUUCAGUUUCCUUAAAUGUACUUAGCCAUACCCCGAAGUUAACGGAGUUUAAAAAAAACUAUAAAUAAGUUCUAUUCAUAAAACUGCUUCUAUUCAUAAAACUGCUUCUAACACUCAAAUGUCAUUGGUUAAGGCUCUUUCCUGACUUAGGUAUCGGUACAGUAUUUUAUCGUGAUCGCGGAGGCGAGAGAACGGAGCGCAUCACUCUGCCAAUGAGGUAGCAAUACUAUUGUCGCACCAAUUCCUUACUGACAAGUCAGGACGAACCUUAGGCCAAAAGAUAUGAAUGAAUUAGUAUUGAUGAGAGUUUAUGAAUAAAAUUAGGAUUUUUUAUGGGUUUAGAAUUGUACAUCUAGUGACUCUGCUGGUUAGGAUCACACCUCGUGCAACACAAGGGUACACAAACUUUAAUCAUAUUGUAGCGCAUGAAAGACGAAAGCAAGUGGUGGGCUUGCAGCACCAUUGACUUAAAACACACUAUAGUGUUACUAUAUUAUACAUGUCAGUUCCUCAAGAUUCCAGAGGCUUGAUUUUCUGUUUGUUCUUAUUUACGAUAUAAAUUGUGUAAUGCGGUACGAAAAUGUCAUUUGAUGUUUAAAUAUCGUCAAAACGAUUUAACGACAUUUAAGUUACAAAGUUAGCAAAAUAAAUAAUAGACCGGAGUCAUCCUCAGAGCGCUCAUAAUGCAUUUUAGGAAAUUGAAGACCUGUUGUAAAAUUAACGAAAACAUAAUCCUACUAUUGUUAUAUGAUAGGUCCAAAUUCCAUUGGGCCCCGAGGUUAAUGGCUCUACCACAUUCCGGAAUCGAAUGAAUGAGGUGUAGAUAUUUUGUAUCGUAAUAAAAAUCAUAGUUAAUGGAAAUCUGAAGUAAAAUAAGUCAUGUUUUGAUUGUUUGUAUAUGCAUACAGAUUGGUCCCGUUUUUGUCAAAACUCAGUUCUGAUGAUGGGAUCCAUGAGGAAUCGAGGGAACUCCUCAAAUCUUAAAGGCAUACAUAUAGUGAUUUUUACGUUUUUAUCAACAAGUCAUGUAAGAAAACGUGGUCUAAAGUUUAGUACCCUGACGUGUUGCGUAGCUCUGCCAAAGCCAAUUAAGCUUUCUAAUUAUUGUUAUACACAUUUCCCAAACUGUCUAAUAUAGCAAAAACUGAAUGUAAUAUAUUUUGUGACAUGAUUAUCAAUUAUCAUAUUAUUUAAAUGGAACAUUAGGUAUUCGCAAUAUUGUGUAAGCGUAAGGGUCAUCACGAGGUCCGCAGUUUGUUAAAUGGUUCUGGAAGGUCAGACUGUGUAUGAUGCAAUAAAUAAAGAUUAUAUUUUA